UGAAAUUCUCCAGCCAAGCUUGGCACUAACCAAGUCGGCGAUUCCGCUUCAUCAUUACUUCACAAAAGACUUCCAAAAUCACUGCGGCAGACAGGCGAAAUAAAAAUGUUAAAUCCAUCCUGGCUGGGAGGGGACUGAAGCCUCCACGCUCCAUCAAAGGUUUACAAUAAUAGGAUUCAUAAAAAAAAAAAAAAAAGACAGAUGGGAUUAGAAAAUGUUGCAGGGAAGACUCUGGAAUGAGAUGAGAUCACAGCAGCAGCCUGUCUUUUGUGGACUUGCACAAUGAUCCCCGAGCCAGACUGGAUUAGGAAGCCUCGCGACUAGGGGUUCAGAGAGAGGCUUCCGGCUCCCGGCACUUUGGGGGAGAGAAGGCUGAAACGAUGCAUCAGAUAUACAGCUGCAGCGAUGAGAAUAUAGAAGUUUUCACCACCGUGAUCCCUUCCAAGGUGUCUAGUCCAGCCAGAAGAAGAGUCAAAAGUUCUCAACACCUCUUGACCAAGAAUGUGGGCGCCGAGUCGGACCUCCGCGCGCCGCGGGCCCUGGAGCCGCUGCCGCGCCGCAGCGACCGCCGCGACGGCGAGGGCCGCAGGCCGGGCCGGCCCCAGCUCGCCAAGGCGGCGGCCAGACCCGUGGGGAUUUCGGAACCCAGAUCAUCAAAUCUGUGUGGGAAUCGAGCAUAUGGAAAAUCUUUGGUGCCUGCGGUGGCCCGGAUCCCCGUGAAGGCCCCGGCCGCGCGGGAGGCGACGGCCGCAGGCUCGCAGGGCGCAGCGGGUCCGGCGAGAGGAUCCAGACGUCUCAAGAAGGUGACCGAAGAGUACCCGGCCCUUCCCCAGGGAGCAGAAGCCUCCUUACCGCUGACAGGAAGCGCCUCCUGCGGCGUCCCUAGCAUCCUCCGGAGAAUGUGGACAAGGCACAAGAAGAAGUCUGACUACGUGGGAGCGACCAACAGCGCCUUUGAGGCUGACUAACGGUGACCUCCCCGGGGCCCUGCGUUGGCCAAAGUCCAGUAUUCAAGGGGAGGAAACUUCCAGAUGGGAACUGAGCCACCUUCACCUCUGCUAGUAGCUGGUCCAAACACAUGACCGCCCCUUACUAACCAACAGCCGUGGCUUAGGAUGCAGGCAAGGAACUUCCCUCGAAGGCAAAAGAAAAGUGUGCCUUUUUAGAAUCAAUGAAGCCAUUGGUCUGAAAGUGGCUUUGGGAGGUCAUGGAGUUUAUAUCCCGAUCUUUCAGCAAGACCACACCACAGUCAAAUUUCCUCAGCCCAUUUUAAAGACCUCCAAGGAAGGACGCCGGCAAUUCCGCAGUCCUCCUUGCGAGUUGUUCUAAUGUGAGCGAUUUCCGCUAUAAAUAUAAAAGCUUGAUGUUUGAGGCACUUGUGAACACAGUGGUUCUUCUUAUUCUGCUUCCCACAUUGAUUUCAUCUUGACAAAGUACAAUUUUUGAUGACAGAGCACUAUAUAUUUACUUCUAGGAUCCAUUCGACAGUAUUGUCAAGAUUGGUAUCGAUCACUUGGCAUGAUUGCAUGAACCCUCUAUUCUUUUACGUGCAGUUUUUCUAUAGAAAAACGUUAAAAAUUAAAUGUUGAAUGCUAAUGUUUUCUGAAGUUGCAUAGACUAGUGAAGUUAAUAAUACCUUGCAUUGGUAUAACGAUUUUAACUUUUGAAGUAUUUCCCCAUCCAUUAUCUUUUAUCUGCGCAAAAUUCCUGUUAAAGAAAGCACAAUUAUUGCCAAUCUACAGAUGGGGCAGCUAAGGCCUUAGGAAGUUAUGUGACUGGAUACGGUUAGUGGUAUUAGAUACUAGGUCCUCAAGUCCACCAGACUCCUUCCGGUGCCUACUCUAGCGACUGAUUAGAGGAGGGUUUUGAGGAACAGGAGUAUGUCUCUGGGGGUCAAUGCUUGGAAGGAAAAAUUUGAUAAAGUUGGAAAGAGUAAGUGACUUAAAUGAAAUACAUCAUUCUGUAUUAGGUUGAACUAUAAGAAAUUGCCGUUUCUAUCGGUCAAAAACGAUUAGUUCAUAUGGCUCAACCUAAUAUCUAAUAUUGUGCUUUCCCUCUCUUAAUGGAAAUGUCGUCAAUCCCAUCUUUAGUAUCAAUAGACUUACGAUGAUAAUGUGAUGAUGACAGCUCUCAUUUAUUAAAUGCCUACCAUGGGCCAGACGUGACACUGAGCACUUUACAUACAUCCUCUCUUUCUUUCUAACAACUCGGAGUUAGAUGGCCUUAUCCAGCUAAUGGAUGACCGUUUAAAGCAGUUACAUGGCUAGUCUGAAGGUGCCUGACCCAUAUGGGUGUCAGGCUUCAGUGCCCAUGCUUGUAUACACAGAAUAGUCCACACAGCACACACAGAAUAGUUCAGACACAGAGCGGGACCUCGGUUAGCAAACAGUCUUCUCAAGUGCUCCCCACCGAUGACGACGGGCAGAGGCUGUCGGAGCGCUGUGUGGGGGCGAGUGUGAGAUGAAGGAGUGCAGUGCUCAGUUAGAAGCGCCUGUCCGUGGAGGGCGCUAGAGGCACAUAUCCUGCAUAUUUGUCAUGUGUAGCGUCAACUCUGCCCCCCAGAAGGCUGGUUUUCUAAUCCAGAAGCUUCAACUAAUCCAACCCAUUUAGCAAAAGCAGCCCCUCCAUGAUGAGACUGAAGUCGAAGAGUGGGCUGGAAAUUGUCGGGUCUGGGUAAUCCGGCUGCAUCGCCAGUCUCCGACUCCAUGGUUGUUCAUAGGCUGCUGCUCGGUGGCUACAUGUGGCCUUUUGCUGAACUUGUUUCCAUGUCUCCAGGUGAACUGAAAGGAGGCCUAGAGGGAUGAGAGGCCUGGGCUUCUGGGCUUUCACCUUGCUGAUCCCUGCCCUUCAGCCAUUGUUUUAGACUCCUGGCGCCCGUUCCUCACGUUGGAACAUCAUUUGGAGAUUUGGGCAUCGAGCGCUCUUUCAAUGAGGGCCUAGUCUCAAGGGACUAAUAGUGUUGCACAGUACAGAUGACGGGGCCUGGAACGCAGUUAGGAAGCAGGCGGGUGAUUUAUGCUGGACCUAUCAGAGUAUCCCCAAGACUAUUUAUUUUAACUUAGUAAUUUAUAGCUGAUGUUUUCUAUUUGUAUGUGGCACCUGGAGAUAUCUUUAGGAUGGAACUAACUUAUUUUUAAUUUAAAUAUUUCAUGAUGCAGUGUUUGCCUUGCAUAAAACAUCCUAACUGACCAGUUCAAAUAAAAAUAAAGUAUGCUCUGUUUGUGACCUCAAUAAAGCACCGCAAGAGUA